AUGAUGCUCAAGUCAAACGCACCAAAAUUCCUAUGGAACAAGGCAAUUGCAACGUUCUGGAUGACUCCAUUUGAGUCAUUUUGGGGCAAGAAACCAAAUGUUAGUACAUUAAGACCAUGGGGAAGUAAAUGCUACAUACUAGAUCAAACCAGAGAUCAAUCUAAGUUAGACACAAAAGCAUUCCAAGCCAUAUUUGUUGGAAUAUUGGAAGUUCAAGGCAAAAGCUGGAGAUACUACAAAUCAGGAUCAAACAGGAUAUUACACUCAAGGAACAUUACCUUUCCAAGAGUAAACACGGUUAGUGAAGAACCUGGAAUUGACCAGGAUUGGGGAGAUACAGUUGCUCUGCCCGCUGAGGGGGAGAUGACUCAUGCCAACAGCACUGCGGAACAACCAAAAGAACCUGCUAGAACAGGGGGAGUGCAUACAGUCAGCAAGGAAGAAAAGAGUGACUCAAAUGAACCUGCAGAUAUAAAAAGUGAGCCCAAGAUUGAACAAAAAGCAUCCAACAAAUCAACUAAACUCACUCACAAUAACGUACUUAAACCUUAUACUACUUGUUCUCACUCUGCUAUGCGCAUUGACCCUAGCGCAACUACAAAUGCACUACAACAACUCAAUGCACUCACGUCUGGAACCAACAAUGCAGGAGUCCAAACCUGCAGUUGGAAUCCUAACGUUGCUCCCAUCAAACUCAACAGCAUGCAAGGAGGGAUUACCCUCAAGAUCCAGUGUCAUGACCCAUGCCUUUGCUGGCAUGUCUCCUGA